UUCAGACGUUCACACGAGACAGCGCCCGUCCACGGCGAAUUUCUGCGCGCUCCUUCUCUAGUCUGAGCGUCAGUCGGCCACCGACGAAGUCCGCCUUGGCACACGGUGCCUCUCUAGAGAGCCAAAGAUAUCAGUUUUUCUAGUUGUGAAACGGAUUUCGUUCACUUUUGGAAAAAAAAAGCCGGGUUUGGAGUUCGGCGUACAACAUGAAGAGUGCCCUCGGGCUUGUCAGCGCCGUUCUGGCGGCUAAUGUGUACAUGGCUGUCUCCCAGGCGACAGUCCCACCUGCACUACCCAACAACUGUCUUUAUCCAGUAGACCUGGUCUUCCUUGUAGACAGCUCGGAGAGUUUCAGGACAAGCGGUUUCAACGAUGCAAAGACGUUUCUCCAGAAUGUAGUCAACUAUUUUACUCUCGGAGAAAACGACACAAGGGUCGGUGUUGUGACGUUCAGCAACGAGGACGAGCAGGUUACUCGGGUUAGGCUCAACGAAAAUUACACCAGAGUUGAGCUUUUAACUGAGAUCCGCAACAUUCCCUACGACAGAGGCCAUACCUUCACUGGACUUGGUCUCGACCACGUGCGCAACAAUUCCUUCCUCGAAGUAAACGGCCGGCGGAACAGUACUCUUGACUUUUUGGUGGUAUUAACCGACGAUGAAUCUGAGGACAACGUCAGCGGCCCAGCACAGCUGAUACGAGACAUGGGCAUCACCGUGUUUGCUGUAGGUGUUGGCCCGGAAAACGACAUUAGUCAAGCUACACUAGAGACUAUUGCUGGUGACCCUAACAGGGUGUUCAGACUGACGGACCAUGAUGAGCUUGUGGACAGCGUGCGAGCCAGAGCUAUAGGAGGGGACAUUUGCAACGCCACCAACCUGUGCGAUCCACACCCGUGCCACGUCGACGCAACCUGCCGACUGUUGGGGAGGACCUUUGAGUGCAGCUGUAACAUAGGAUUCGUCGGCGACGGUUUCACCUGCUCAGUUGUACAAUGCCCUGUCCUGUCGGCACCAGUGAACGGCGCGCUGAGUCCUGCAGGCAGACGUCAGUACCAGGACGUGGUCACGUUCACGUGUAACUCGGGGUACAACCUGGUGGGCGCGACUAGCAUUACCUGCCAACAGAAUGGUGCCUGGACUGCCAGUCCACCGACAUGCAACCCUACUCCGACGUGCCAAGCUGACGGAACGUGGAGUCAUCCUGUUCCAGUAUGCACGCCGGUAGAAUGUCCGGUACUGACGACCUUAACUAACGGAGCGCUCAGUACCACAUCGAGGACCUACCAGACCGUGGUCACCUUCACCUGUAACUCGGGAUACGUGCUGAACGGCUUUCCUACGACGACCUGCCAAGCUGGCGGAACAUGGAGUAACUCUGUUCCUACAUGCACGCCCAGGCCAUGUCCGCUUCGGGCGGCCCCAACUAACGGAGCGGUGAGUCCUACCGGAGCGGUCUCCUACCCGGACGGGGUCACCUUCACCUGUAGCUCGGGAUACACACUGAACGGUGCUGCUACUGCAACCUGCCAAGCCAGCGGAGCGUGGAGUGAUCCUGUUCCAACAUGCACACCCAGACCAUGUCCGGCGUUGACUGCCCCAACUAACGGAGCUCUGAGUCCUCUCGGGCCACACGCCUUCCCGACAGUGGUCACCUUCACCUGUAACUCGGGAUACGUACGGAACGGCGCUGCUGAUACCACAUGCCGAGCUGACGGAACAUGGAGUAAUCCUGUUCCAACAUGCACAGCGGUCCAAUGUCCGGCCCGGACGGCCCCAGCUAACGGAGCGGUGACUCCUACCGGAGCGGUCUCCUACCCGAACUCGGUCACCUUCACCUGUAACACAGGAUACACACUGAACGGCGUUGCUACUCAGACCUGCCGAGCUGACGGGACAUGGAGUAAUAAUGAUCCAACAUGCACACUGGCCCAAUGUCCGUCUCUGACGGCCCCAGCUAACGGAGCGCUCAGUACCACAGAUACCUCCUUCAAUACCGUGGUCACGAUUACCUGUAACUCGGGAUACGUACUGAAUGGCGUUCCUACUGUGACCUGCCAAGCUGGCGGAACAUGGAGCAAUACUCUUCCAACAUGUCCCCCCAGAACAUGUUCGGCCCGGGCGGCCCCAGCUAACGGAGCGGUGAGUCCUACCGGAGCGGUCUCCUACCCGAACUCGGUCACCUUCACCUGUAACACGGGAUACACACUGAACGGCGUUGCUGCUCAGACCUGCCGAGCUGACGGGACGUGGAGUCAUCCUGAUCCAACAUGCACACAGGUCCAAUGUCCACCUCUGACGGCCCCAGCUAACGGAGCGCUCAGUACAACAGUGAGGACCUACCUGACCGUGGUCACCUUCACCUGUAACCCGGGAUACAACAGGAAUGGCGCUACUUCUGCGACCUGCCAAGCUGACGGAACAUGGAGUAACUCUGUUCCAACAUGCACACCAGUACAAUGUUCGGCUCGGGCGGCCCCAGCUAACGGAGCGGUGAGUCCUACCGGAGCGGUCUCCUACCCGAACGGGGUCACCUUCACCUGUAAUACGGGAUAUGCCCUGAACGGCGUUGCCACUCCGACGUGCCAAGCUGACACAACGUGGAGUAACCCUGUUCCUACAUGCAUACUUGGACAAUGUUCGUCUCUGACGGCCCCAGCUAACGGAGCGCUCAGUACCACAGCGACCUCCUACCUGACCGUGGUCACCUUCACCUGUAACGCGGGAUACGUACUGACCGGCGCUACUUCUACCACGUGCCAAGCUAACGGGGCGUGGAGUAAUCCUGUUCAUACAUGCACACCGGUCCAAUGCACUGCUAGGACGGCCCCAGCUAACGGAGCGGUGAGUCCUACCGGACCGGUCUCCUACCCGGGCGGGGUCACCUUCACCUGUAACUCGGGAUACACACUGAGCGGCGUUGCUACGUCGACGUGCCAAGCCGACAGAACAUGGAGUGAUCCUGUUCCAACAUGUCCACCCAGACAAUGUCCGCCUCUGACGGCCCCAACUAACGGGGUUCUCAGCACCACAUCGACCUCCUACCUGACCGUGGUUGGGUUCACCUGUAACUCGGGAUACGUGCGGACAGGUGCUGCUACUGCGACGUGCCAAGAUGACGGAACAUGGAGUGGCUCUGUUCCAACGUGCACACGAAUACAAUGUUCGACUCUGACGGCUCCAUCAAAUGGAGCUCUGAGUCCUGCCGCAGCGAACUCCUACCAGGACGUGGUGACAUUCACCUGUAACUCGGGAUACACUCUGAACGGAGCAACUGCAGUGACGUGUCGGGCUGACGGAACAUGGAGUAAUCCUGUUCCCACGUGCACUGGUGUGCAAUGUCCGGCGCUGACGGCCCCAGCUAAUGGAGGACUGAGUCCUACCGGAGCAGUCUCCUACCCGAAUGAAGUGACGUUUACCUGUGACCCGGGGUACAGGCUAGUCGGAGUCGACAGGCUGGCUUGUCGAGCUGACGGAACGUGGAAUAAUGUUGCCCCAACCUGCCGAUUCACAAUUCCAACCCCACUAGCCAACACGUGUCCUUAUGCAGUAGACCUGGUCUUCCUCGUAGACAGCAGCUCCAGUUGGGGGGCGAACCGUUUCGAGAAUGCAAAGACGUUUGUCCAGAACGUUGCCAACUAUUUUACCCUCGGAGAAAACGACACAAGGGUUGGUGUCGUUACGUACAACGACUUUGACGAGCAGGUUAUUCGCAUCAGGCUCAACGAAAAUUACACCCGAGUCGAAGCCUUGACUGCGAUCCGAAAUAUCCCGUACGAAAGCGGCAUCAGCACCUUUACAGGACGUGGUCUUGAACACGUGAGCAACAAUUCCUUUCUCAUGGCAUUUGGCCAACGGAAAAACAUGCUAGUCGUAUUGACCGACGGUAACUCUACAGAUGACGUCAACGCUACAUCGCAGUACUUACGCCGGUUGCUCGUCUCCAUAUUUGCUGUGGGUGUGGGCGAGGAGGCGGACGUCAGCCAGGAUACUCUUCAGACCAUUGCGGGCGAUCCUACCCGGGUGUUCAGGCUGACGAGCUACGACUUCCUUACGGAUGACAACCGCGCCGCAUCUGUACGACAGUCGAUCUGUGACGCUGUACGAUGCCCUGCCCUGCCGGCCCCAACUAACGGAGCGCUGAGUCAUACCGGAUUGAUCUCCCCCCAGACCGUGGUCACGUUCACCUGUAACCCGGGGUACAGUCUGGACGGCCAAAGCACCAUUACCUGCCUACAGAGUGGUUUUUAUACUGGUCCUAUCCCCACAUGCAUCCCUGUACAGUGCCCCAAUCUAACGGCCCCAGCUAACGGAGCGGUGAGUCCUACCGGGGCGGUCUCCUACCCGAACGGAGUCACUUUCAGCUGUGACUCGGGAUACGGUCUAUCCGGGGUAGCUACCCUGACCUGCCGAGCUGACGGAACAUGGAGCAGUCUUCCGCCAACGUGCCAACCUGGGCAAUGUUCGACGUUGACGCCCCCAACUAACGGAGCUCUAAGCCCUGUGGGAGCGACCUCUUUCCAGAACGUGGUGACGUUCACCUGUAACCCGGGAUACGAACGGAACGGAGCCUCUAGUGUGACGUGCCAGGCUAAUCUGAUAUGGAGUGCUCCUGUUCCAACAUGUGACCGUGUACAGUGUCCGCUAUUGGGGGCUCUGGCAAACGGAGUAUUGAGUCCUUCGGGAGCCACAUCAUACCAGGACGUAGUGCAGUUCAUCUGUAACCAGGGGUACGAGGUGAAUGGUCCUGCUAGUACCACCUGCCAGGCGGACCAAACGUGGAGCAACCCUGUCCGACCAUGUCAAGCUGUACAAUGUCCAACGCUGACGACUCCGGCUAAUGGCGGGCUGAAUCCUGCCGGGCCGCACUUCUACCAGAACCAGGUCACCUUCACGUGUAAUCAAGGGUACGGACUGAGCGGCGCCUCCAGACUGACAUGUCAGGCGGACGGAAUGUGGAGCAAUUCUGUUCCAUCCUGCAUACUUGGACAGUGUCCGACACUAGCGGCCCCAGCUAACGGAGGACUUAGUCCUACCGGUACGACCGCCUACCAGACUGUGGUCACCUUCACCUGCAACUUGGGAUACCAACUGGUCGGAGACUCUAGUACGACGUGUCAGGCUGGCUUAACAUGGAGUUCUGCUAUUCCAACAUGCCAACCGGUGCCGUGUCCGACUCUAGCGGCUCCAGCAAACGGAAUAGUGAGUCCAACCGGCGCAGCGUCAUACCAGGACCAGGUGCAGUUCAUCUGUAACGCGGGCUACAGUCGUGUCGGUGCCCCCAGCAGUACCUGCCAGGCUAACGGCACGUGGAGCGACCCGGUCCCAGCCUGCAAUGUUGUACAAUGCCCAACAUUAGUUGCCCCGACAAACGGAGCACUGAGUCCUACCGGAGCGACUUCCUACCUGACCGUGGUCACCUUCACCUGUAACACCGGGUACGACCGGAACGGCGCUGCUGAUGCGACGUGCCAAGCUGACGGAACGUGGAGUCGGGACGUCCCAACGUGUACAGCUGUAACGUGCCCGACGUUGACGAACCCAGCAAACGGUGUACUUAGUCCUUCCGGAUCGAACUCCUACCAGAACACGGUGACGCUGACCUGCGACGCGGGGUACCAGUCUAGCGGCGUCUCCACCAUCACGUGCCAGGCCGAUCGCUCAUGGAGCGCCGCCAUUCCAACAUGCAAUCCGGUGCAGUGUCAGCCCUUGACAGCCCCUGUAAAUGGUGGAUUGAGUCCGGCUGGCGCAACUUCAUAUCAAGUCACGGUGCUGUUCACCUGUAACCAAGGUUACGAGCUGGUUGGAGCCGCCAGUGCUACUUGCCGAGCUGACCAAACAUGGAGUGAGACACCCCCAACUUGCAGAGUCGUACAAUGUCCACUAUUAUCCGCCCCUGUGAACGGAGCGCUGAGUCCUUCCGGAGCGACCUCCUAUAACGACGCGGUCACCUUCACGUGUGACACGGGAUACCAACUGAACGGACCCUCAGAUGUGUUGACGUGUCGAGCUGACGGAACAUGGAGUAAUACUGCUCCAACGUGUACAGUUGUCAGAUGUCUGGCGUUGACGGCUCCAGCUAACGGAGCUCUGAGUCCUGCCGGAGCGAACUCGUACACGAACGUGGUCACGUUCACCUGUAACCAGGGAUACGAGCGACAGGGAGCCUCUAGUGCGACGUGUCAAGCCGACGGAACAUGGAGUAAUGCUGUUGCAACUUGCAUACCUGUACAAUGCCAACAAUUAACAGCUCCAGCAAAUGGAGUAUUGAGUCCUACCGGCCCCAUCUCCUAUCAGAACGGGGUGGACUUCAGGUGCAACGUGGGUUACCAGCUGAACGGAGCAUCCCGUGCUACCUGCCAAGCCGACCAGACAUGGAGUGCAAAUGUUCCGACAUGUACAGUGGUACAAUGCCCGCUGUUGACGGCCCCAGCUAACGGAGCGCUGAGUCCUGCCGGCGUGACUGCUUACAACACCGUGGUCAGGUUCACCUGCGUCCAGGGAUAUGUACUGACCGGCGCCGCUGAUGUGACGUGCCAAGCUGACGGGACAUGGAGCGCCAGGCCAACAUGUAGACCCGUACAAUGUCCGAUUCUGAGCGCCCCAGACAACGGAUCGCUGAGUACCGGAGCGAACUCCUAUCAGACUGUGGUUACGUUCAACUGUAACCUGGGGUACGAGAGGGUCGGCUUCGCCAGUGCCAUCUGCCAGUUUGACAGCACUUGGAGCAAUACUGUUCCAACAUGCAGAGCUGUUCAGUGCCCGCUGUUGACCCAUCCGGCGAAUGGAGUCGUGAAUCCUAUCGGCCGCAAUUCGUACCAGGACGUGGUGCGGUUUACUUGUAACACGGGGUUCGAGUUGAACGGAGAACCCAGUGCUACCUGCAGGGCUGACCGGACGUGGAGCGAGCCCGUCCCGACGUGUACAGACAUCAAUGAGUGCAGACUGAAUAUGUGCCAUAGUCUGGCUACAUGUACCAAUACUAUCGGCUCAUUUCGGUGUAACUGCUUCAGUGGAUACUCUGGAGAUGGAUUCACCUGCAGAGAUAUCAACGAGUGUGCUCCUACCUCACCCUGUCACCAGUGGGCGGUCUGCACCAACCUACCAGGGUCAUUCAUGUGUAACUGCACCGAGGGAUACAUCGGAAACGGAUUUAUCUGUGCAGAACUUCCGUGUGACCGCUGGACCUGGCGGUUGGGACCUGGGGUUUUCUGUGGAGAUCCUGGUGCACCUGCAUCUGGUGCCCAACAAGGAACAUACUACCAGGGUGGACAGGUGGACUUCAGCUGUGAUGACGGUUACACUCUGGUCGGGAACAGCGCUAUCAGGUGUCAGGUCACCGCCACGUGGAGCGGUACUCUCCCCACGUGCAGACUUGGCGAUCCAUGUGCCCCUAAUCCAUGCAUAAACGGAGGGCAGUGUUUCCCAACGAUUACUUCCUUCCGCUGUCGAUGUGCCAGUGGAUACCUUGGUCAAACAUGUAACAGGCAGUUGCAAUGCCCGACGUUGCAGGCUCCGACUAACGGAAACCUGAGCCCAAUCGGAGUAGCCUCCAACCAGACGGUGGUCACCUUCACCUGUAACUCGGGAUACACACUGACCGGCGAUGCUACUACAACGUGCCAGGCUGACGAAAGAUGGAGUAACCCUGUUCCAACAUGCACACCGGUCCAAUGUUCGGCUCGGGCGGCCCCAGCUAACGGAGCGGUGAGUCCUAUCGGAGCAGUCUCCUACCCGAACGGGGCCACCUUCACCUGUAACACGGGAUACACACUGAGCGGUGCUGCUGCUCAGACCUGCCGAGCUGACGGGACAUGGAGUAAUGCUGUACCAACGUGCUCGUCAUCAAGCACAGGUGGCACACAAUGUCCGGCUCGGGCGGCCCCAACUAACGGGGCGGUGAGUCAUACCGGAGCGGUGUCCCCCACGAACUCAAUCACCUUCACCUGUAGCUCGGGAUACACACUGAACGGCGAUGAUACUGCGACGUGCCAGGCUGACGGGACAUGGGAUAAAAACUCUGAUCCAACAUGCACACGUACAGGUAUCAUACAAUGCCCAACGUUGACGGCCCCAACUAACGGAGUGCAAACUCCUCCCUCAGGACCAUAUAACCACGAACAAUUGGUUAUGUUUACCUGUAACUCGGGAUACAGCCUGAAUGGCAAUUCUAUUACCAGGUGCCAAAUGGACGGAACAUGGAGCAAUGCUGUACCAACGUGCACGCCAACCACAGGCACAACUGGCGGACUCACCUCCAAUGAAAUUGCCGCCAUAGCCGGGGGGAGCGCGCUGGCUUUGGUGCUACUCCUGGCCUUGUUAGCCUGUGUGGCUGGUGCCUCAAGAAAAGCCGGUGAAAAGAAGCCCGCACGCUCCCCAAGCGGGCCCACGUACCCAUGAUGGACUCCAUCGGAAAACCAGCGAUGAAACACAGCUGAUACUAGUAGUCAACCCUAAAUAGUUAAAAUUUAGAGUUAGCAUCUAGACUAAUCAUUGUUCUUAAUUGUUUGUUCGUCUUUUAAAGUUACUUGUAAUUAACCAAUUGUUCGUCAUUUGAUAUUACUUGCAAUUAACACGUUGUUUGUUUGUCUUCUUAUGUUACUUGCAACUAGCCAUCGGGCAAAGCUUUGCAAUAGUAGAAUACCAGUUAGUCAUCGAGAAUAACAGACUAUUUUAAUACAUUAUUAGUGGUCGACGAUCGAAACGAUUCCCCAUAUUUUAAUUCUUUGACAUUCUACUUACGGUAAGGUAGUAAUGGUGGUUAAAGUCUAUUUAGGGCAGUACUAGUAGUGUAGGAUAUUCUGUUAUUUUUAAUCAAUGAUUCAAUCGAUGCAACAAGCGUACGUUGCUGCUAAAUUUGUCUGUAUGAGAAAUUAUAGUUAGACACAGCUACUCAGAAGCAUACAUACGUGUUCUACGUGCGUCAAAGGUUGCCUUGCAGAGAUAAUUAUAUAUAGAUAUAUUUAGAAGAUUUUCUCCCGCCCAUGGCGACCAGUAGAACGACCGGUUGUAUGAAUGGGGCUUUAACCGGCUUUUGUCCUUGAAUAUAAUGUGAACGAAAACGCCCUGAUGGUAUACUCAAGUUAAUGCAAGGUUCUCCCUUAAUCAUAACCCCGUGCUAGUUGGGCAGCCUUGGCUGUAUCUUCAGCCAAACGAUCAGUUAAAUGGAUCGUUAUGGUAGAGGACCAUGUAUAGUGGUGUCACCAGAUUACAAAAUUAGAUCAAAGUUGAUUGUCGUCACCCCCCCCCUUCCACUU